AUGUCCUUAUACCCAGAAUCCUGUUUUGAAAAGGAUGAUGACGAUGAUGAUGGAGAACAACAAGAAGCCUUUAAUCGGAUAUCAGGCAUCCUGUCCAACUUGCUUGAAGAAGCCAACAACGCCAUUCACGGUGUGGAGAAUGAAAAUAAUAGUGAUGCCGACGCGUCUGAUAAGAGAGUACAAGAAGACUAUAAUAGCUGCAGCAGCACCAGCACCAACAAUAUCAGACCAUCUUCACCAGCACAGCAACGUGGAUCUCGACACAUGCAUCCUUCUCGAUUACCACGUCCAAUAUAUACACAAUCUCGGCGAUUGUCCAAUCUAUCAAUUGCAUCAUCUUCAUCUUCUUCACAAGCUGAACCUCUCUUUUCUCCAACACCUUCUACAUCAUCUCGUGCCACAUCGCCUACCAUGUCAAGGCCUUCAUCACCUUUGAAACCUACUAGUACGACCACUGCUGCUGCUGCUGCUGCUGCUCCAUCACCAACAAUGGUAGUCAAGAAGCGAACAUCAAGACCUCUUUCAUGUCCUAUGUUGAUGGCACGACGUUCAUCUGGUGAAGGAGUAGUAGUGGGUAUGCGACAACAACAACAACAACGCAUGCGUCGUGCGUCUGCAGUUGUGUUACGUGAUCCACUUGUGGAAUCGUACAAGCGACUCGAUUCAUCCAUGGCACUUGUUGAAUCCUUGUCGCGUGAUCUUGCAGCAAGUGAUAGGAAAAUGCAACAAGCAAAGCAACAACUACUAGUACAGCCGUCAUCUGCACUCCGGUUAUCGGCACUACUCAUUUUGCCAUUUUUACAUAUCCCACAUGCACUCAUCUCAAUGGUAUUCGAUUCGUUAUCGACCAAGGAUCCCAAUAAUCUAACGGGUAUGAUUGCAUGGGGUAUCUUUUUCGCCUUGGCCAACGUCAUGGUCGAUCGGGUGAUCCGUUUGCCUACUACUACAAGCCCAAAGAAGGUUGAUACCAACACCACCACCAACACCACCACCGAUAAACUUCCUCCAUCACCACAGCAACACACCCCUGCCAUGUACAUAGUCAAGCGACGAUCAAGGGUGGUUCGCAGGCCAUCUGUCUAUAGAAAACAACCACAUUCCUCAGCCCUUGCACGUUCUCGUACACAACCCGUGCAUCCAUCAUCAUUGCCAGAAGAACAACAACAACAACCCACCCUUUUUUCAACAUCGCGCAUGAUGAUCAAACGUCGUUAUUCUUUCUAA